AUGGCGUCUUCUUGUGGGCACGGCGCAGAAGAUGACUCUGGAUUGAUUCGCGCCUACAUGUCUACCUGCACCGACAGUGUCGAGGAAGCGAGCACAAGACCAACAAGCACAAGUGAACUUACACAAACGAGUAGCCCUGGUGAGGUUGCCUCCAUCGGCAUGGUCGGCUUAAGCGCCAUGGGCCAGGGCAUGGCCGCCUCGCUCCUACCAGCUGGAUUUGCCGUGGAUGACUUUGACAUGAAUGCUGCCGCAAUUAGCAAAUUUGCAUCAUUUGGCCCCAAGGCACGAGUCAUCGUCUCCGCAGCAGAUUUUCUGAAAAAUUCUGCCGUCGUUAUUCUCAUGGCCCAAAAUGCAGCACAAGCUGACAAUAUAUUGUUUGGUUCCGGCAAUGGAGCCGACGCCUUGUCUGACCAUACGGUUGUGAUUUUAAGCUCGACAAUUCCACCAUCUUUUGUGCGAAUAUUAGAAAGAAAAGGUUCAUCUCUUGCCAAGAGCAGAGCCGUGCUACUGGCUAUGUAUGGCUGGGCCAGCCACAAAAUCUGCACACCCGUUCAGGGAGGUUAUAGGCGCGGCUUCGUCGAUCUAGGCAUCGUUCUUGACGAAACAAAGCGUUUCGCUUUCUACUCAUCAAUGGCUUCCGCUGCACAUAAACUGCAUCUCAACGGCGCGGCUCAGGCUUGGGACAAGGAAGCCGAUGCUGGUCUCGUGCGUCUUUGGGAGCUGACAGGCAUCUCCGUCUCCUCCGGCAGCGCCAACACGCGGCCUGAUAUAAUACAGUCAGCCGAAAAGAGCCUUGUGCGGUUGCCGGCAGCUGAAACGCUCGAAACACUACCGAAAAAGUAUCCUGAUGACGUCUUUAGCUCUAUUCAACGUGCGGUUGUGGGUGGGCAGGUGCCGACGCUGGUAAUUCUUGAUGACGACCCUACCGGGACGCAGACCUGCCAUGACAUCAAUGUUCUCGCUGUUUGGGAUACAGACUCCUUGGCGCGUGAAUUCAGCUGCAAUCCUGCAGGGUUCUUCAUUCUGACAAAUUCCCGUGCGCUGCCAUCUGCAGAUGCUCGGCAUCUCAUUGCCGAGAUUUGCGCAAAUGUCAAGGCUGCAGCGGCAAAGGCAAACAAACUCUUUGAGAUUGUCCUACGCGGUGAUUCUACGCUGCGCGGGCAUUUGCCAGAAGAGCCAGAAGCUGUCGAGGAAUCCUUGGGCCAGUUUGAUGGCUGGGUGCUUGCUCCCUUCUUCGCCCAAGGUGGUCGCUUAACCAUUGACGAUGCGCAUUACUUGAAAGAAGAGGACGUACUUGUUCCUGUAAGCCAAACUCCGUUCGCUCAGGAUGCUUCUUUUGGCUAUAAAAACUCGAAUCUGCGUCAAUAUAUCGUCGAGAAGUGCGGCUCGAGGUUUGAUCAAGAGUCAUUUCUGUCCAUCAGCCUCGACAACAUCCGGCGCGGGGGUCCCAAGGCAGUGGCAAAAAGGCUGCUCUCUGCGCCUAGCAGCCCAAACCUCGUCGUCAUUGUCAAUGCCGUCGUGGAUGCAGACAUGCACGUCUUUGUUGCGGGUCUGCUACAAGCCCAACAACAUGGCCGGCGCUACCUCUUCAAAACAGGUGCCGCUUUUGUCUCUUCCAGGCUCGCCAUCUCACCGAUUCCGCCGUUGACCUUGGAAGAUCUUGGCAUCGACAAAUCCGCCGCAUCGCAGUCUGGCGGGCUCGUCUUGGCGGGCUCGCCCGUCCCCAAAACGACGGCCCAGCUUGAGAGAUUGCGGGAGCGCAGGGGCAAUCAGCUGCACGUUGUCGAACUACCCGUGACGCAGCUCGUCAGCUCCGCAGGAAAAGAGGCAGCAGAGGUUCUCGUCAGCGCAGCUGCACGCGAGGCAUCCGAGACACUGGCUGCGGGCCAGGAUGUGCUGGUCCUGACCUCGCGUGAGCUGGUCAAGGGCACCGACGCGCUCAGCUCGCUCGGCAUUGCUUCCAAAGUCGCGCAGGCCUUGGUGGCCCUCACGAGGGGCAUCACUACGCGACCGCGCUACAUCAUUGCCAAGGGUGGCAUCACGUCGUCUGAUGCCGCCACAAAAGCCCUGGGGAUGCGUCGGGCCAGGGUGCUCGGUCAGGCAGCGCCAGGGGUGCCUCUUUGGAUGUGCCAUGAAGAGACGAGCCGCCACCGAGCCGUGCCGUAUGUUGUCUUUCCCGGAAAUGUGGGCAGUGACGACACGCUCGCUGACAUUGUGGAAUCAUGGGCGGUCUACUAG